AUGCAUGGCAGGGACAGAGCAUCCCAGCCAACUGGGUUCGCUAGCUAAGCCUUCCGCCUGUGCUGCAAUCCCGGGUUGUGUGUGUUGCACGUUGCUUUCUUCCCCCUCAAGAUGGCCCUGCGUAGGUGGGGUUUGUAGGACUUCCUUCCUCAACCUCCCAAUCUUGAUUUCCCCCAAGGAAUUAGGGAUCACUUGGCUUGCUUUUCAUUCAGCAUGCUUAUUUAUUUACUUACUAUGUACAUACACACAAUUUUACAUGCUGCCCAUCUCACCUAUAAGGUAGCGCCUAUGUUAUGGGAAACCAGCCAACUGUGGUUUAUUUGGAUAACUAGGGUUGAAGCUGACUAUCUUUUAGCACCAGAUAUAGCAGAUCCAAUCUAGGUGACUUCCUUGCUAUUUCUCAGCAGCUGGCCUUCUGUGAUGCUUUGGAUUCAGCUGAUUGAGGAUCCUGGGAACUAAAUCUAAACUUGAGUUAAAGGGACCUACUUGCUCUGAUCCAGGUCUGUUGGAUCCCUCUUAAAAACCUCACACAUUUCUGAGCAUUCUUUUGCUCGGACAUAUUAAAAAAUAAGUAAUUUUUUAAAAAGACUACAAAACAGCUGUACAACCUUGGCAACUUUAAGAUGUGUGAAUGCAUGGCUGGCUGGGGAAUUCUGGGAGUUGAAGUCCACUGGUCAUAAAAAAACCACUUUCCCAACCUUUCUCUACUAGGUCAAACCAAUUUGCUGUCCCUCUGGUGUCCUGGCUUGCUUGCUUGAGGGACUCACUUUGCUAAACUACUAUUUGAAAUGGAGCUGAGGACUGCAGCCUCAUUCCUAGCCUUAAUGUCUCCUUGCACCUUUGAAAAAUACUCCCAAAUACAGCAACGUAAGCUCCCACCUUGUGGUCUGGGUUGCUCUUCCUCUUUUGCAACUAAAAAUGCAAACCUUUGGCGUUGCUCUAUGCUCCACCCCAUCAUCAGCAAUUACUUCCUCCCAAUCUGUCUUUCCUUUGCAUCUGUCUCUGUCUUUCCUUUGCAUCUGUCGGAGGGUGUCCCGAGCUGAAGAGCAACACAUCCUGCCCAGGGCAGAAAGCACCGAACUCGGAGCUGCAAGAUUUCGACUGGAGAUACGACUGGAGAUCAGCAGGGCAGAAUGUCAGAUUCUCUGGUUGUGUGUGAUGUGGAUCCAGCGCUCAUUGAGAAACUAAAGAAAUUUCGUUUCCAGAAGGAGACUAACAACACAGCUUUAAUUAUGAAAGUUGACAAAGACAGACAGCUGGUGGUUCUGGAGGAGGAAUUUCAGGACAUCUCCCCCGAGCAGCUGAGUAAUGAGCUACCUGAGCGCCAGCCCCGAUUUGUUGUCUACAGCUACAGAUACACACACGAUGAUGGGCGCAUCUCUUACCCACUUUGCUUCAUCUUCUCCAGUCCAGCUGGGUGCAAGCCGGAGCAGCAAAUGAUGUACGCUGGAAGCAAAAACAGGCUGGUACAGGCAGCUGAGCUCACAAAGGUCUUUGAGAUCCGGUCCACAGAAGAGCUGACGGAGCAGUGGCUCAAAGAGCGGCUGGCUUUUUUCCGUUAACCUGGGGUCACUCAGAGAAGACCAAGUUCUCACGUAACCCCCGGCCUCCACCAGAGCCUGCCCCUCCCCUCUCUCUAGAGACAGCAACACAGGAUGUGCAUAGCAGAAGCUGCCUCUUCAUCACCAUCUUUGCCCCAUCAGCUUUUUGCUGGUAGCUGAAAUGUCUGAGAAUAAAACUGGCUGAUUCUA